AGGGAAUGCAUCUUGUUCCUUCUCACCAUAUAUCUAUCUCUAAGCUGAAGAAAAGAACUCAUUCAGCUCUUGCCUGCAAACCAAAGCACCUUUGUCUUGAGCACUCCGUUCAUAAGCUGUUCUGUACACAUCUUGCUGCUACACACGUCUUCCUUAGACUCAACCUUCCUGCUUAUCAACACACAUACUGUUCACAAACCAGAGUGUUGGGGAGUGAGAAGAGGGUCAGAUGGAAGGGACAGGGUUGAGCUUGGGCAAGUCUGUGCUUGAUGGAGCGCUCGGCUACGCCAAGUCCGCCAUCGCGGAUGAGGUGGCUUUGCAGCUGGGCAUCACAAGCGACCAUGCUUUCAUCAGGGAUGAGCUCGAGAUGAUGCUGUCUUUCCUGAUGGAUGCACAUGAGGUGAGGGAAGAGCUGGAGCACAAGGUGGGCAAGACCUGGGUGAAGCAGGUCCGAGACGUGGCCUACGACGUUGAAGACUGCCUCCAAGAUCUUGGUGUUCGUCUCAGGAAGCCAUCUUGGUGGUGCUUCCUCCGAACGCUGCUUGAUCGGCACCGCGUGGCCACGCAGAUGAAGGAACUCAGAGCUAAGGUUGAGGAUGUCAGCCAGAGGAACGUGAGGUAUCGCCUCAUCAAGGGCAGCGGCUCGAAGCCUUCUACUAGUGCUGGGCUGUCAACCAUUGCUGGUGCAACAAUAUUUGGCAUCGAGGAAGCAAAGAGGCAGAAAGACAAGGCAAAAGUGGACCUUUCCCGACUAAUCAUCGAAGGGAAUGAGGAUCUUAGAGUGAUCUCUGUGUGGGGGACAAGUGGUGUUCUUGGUCAGACCGUCAUCAUCAAACGAGUGUAUGAUGAUUUGAAGAGAAGCAAGAAGUUCAAGCUCUAUGCUUGGAUCAGGAUUGCCCGUUCUUUAAGUCCAAUUGAGUUCCUCCAAAGCAUUAUGAGGCAAUUUUAUCAAACCUCUUUUGAAGAAGCAGGGAUGGCACAAGAAAAAACAAACAUCGGAACUCAAGUUCUUAAGAAGAUGGCGAUGAUGAAGCAAGAUGAUUUGGUUAAUGCAUUCACUGAGCACGUGAAUGAGAAGAGCUAUCUCAUUGUUCUUAGUGACCUUGCUAGCAUUGAAGAGUGGGAUUGGAUUAAGGAAUAUUUUCCGAACAACAAAAAACAAAGCCGGAUCAUUGUAUCCGCGGAGCACGGUGAAGUUGCAAGCCUAUGCGCCGGGCAAGAAAGUGUGGCGUCCGAGCUCAAGCAAUGGUCUGAUGAUCAGAGUAUUUUUGCUUUCUACGAUAAGGUUUGUCAAAAUCAAUCCGCAAUCAUGGAGGUAGGGUGUAGCUCAAGUGAAGCUAUACUCGGUUCGAACAACUCUGAAAUGCCGACGGACAGGAUUCAUGAGGAUGAUCAAUUGGUCAGCAAGAGUGGUACUCGCAUUGGAACGAUCACAAGUGCUUUGGAGGAAUCUCAGGUUGUGGGUCGAGAGAAAGACAAGUUCGACCUUAAUCAAUCUAAUUUCAAAGCAAGAUGACCAGCAAUCUUACAUGGUGAUAUCAGUGUGGGGAAUGGGAGGUCUCGGAAAAACUACUCUAGUCAAAGAGGUCUAUCAAAGCCAAAAACUAAGCAGCAUAUUUGAGGAGCGUGCUUGUAUCACGGUCAUGCGCCCAUUUGUUCUUAAGGAGGUCCUUCAGAGCUUAGCCAUGCAGCUUGGGCGAGGUACAAUAAAAGCAACAGAAAUCAAUGAUGAAUUACAUAAGCGUGUUAAAGGGAAGAGGUGUCUAAUUGUUCUCGAUGAUUUGUCUUCUACUGCCGAAUGGGACUUGAUAAUACAAAGUCUACCCAAACUGGAGAACGCAAGCCGAAUUGUAGUCACUACCAGAGAAGAGACUAUAGCAAAGCAUUGCUCAACAAACCAUGAAUGCAUAUACAGACUCAACAUUCUAAACCAUAUGGAUGCCCUUGACCUGUUCACCAAAAAGGUAUUUAAGGAGGCCAUAAAUUUGAAUAAAUAUCCGGCAUUAAUUGAAGAGGCAAAUAAUAUUCUGAAAAAGUGCAAUGGGCUUCCCCUUGCAAUAGUCACCAUAGGUGGCUACUUGGCAAAACAGCCUAAGACUUCCUUGGAGUGGAGAAAAUUAAAUGAACAUAUUAGCGCCGAGUUAGAGUCAAAUCCAGAGCUUGGGAUAAUAAAAACUAUCCUUAUGAAAAGCUAUGAUGGUUUGCCAUAUCAUCUCAAGGCAUGCUUCUUGUACCUGUCCAUCUUUCCUGAAGACUACAAUAUCAGUCGAAGACGCUUGGUGCAUCGGUGGAAUGCAGAGGGUUACUCAAGUGAGAUACGAGGCAAGUCAGCAGGCGAAAUAGCUGAUAGAUACUUCAUGGAACUCAAUGAACGGAGUAUGGUACUGCCAUUAAAAAAGUUAAUUGGUAGUAGAAAAGGCAUUUCCUUUUGCAAGCUCCAUGAUCUCAUGCGCGAAAUCAGCAUCUCAAAGGCAGCAGAAGAAAACCAUGUCUUUAGAAUGGAAGAAGGAUGCAACUUAAACACCCAAGGCACAAUACGGCAUCUAGCUAUAAGCAGCAAUUGGGAGGGUGAUCGUAGUGAGUUUGAGGGCAUGUUGGACUUGACCCAUGUACGGUCUUUAACAGUGUUUGGGAAGUGGAAGCCAUUUUAUAUUUCCAACCACAUGAGAUUGUUGCGUGUGCUGGACUUGGAAGGCACCUUAGGUCUUAUGGAUCACCACCUUGAGCCAAUUUGGAAGCUCCUUCACUUAAAAUACCUUUCUUUAAGAACAUGCAAAGAUAUAUUUCGCCUGUCAGAGUCACUUGGUAGCCUGAAGCAACUCCAAACACUAAAUGUUACUGGUACAGGAAUACUCAAGCUGCCGCAGGCCAUCACCCAGCUUAGGAAUCUACAAUGCAUUCAUGCAGGGAAGAGUAAACAUUUUUAUAGUUCCUAUGACAAUUUUGUGGAGUAUGCUCCGAAACUAAUAUGCAACGAUAAGCCCUGCCUGUGGACUCCCAGUUUGAUACUUUUUUGCUGUUCAAUUUGGAGCCUAAAGCUUUGGAAGGACGCAAGCGAUAUAGAGGGUGACUCAAAUAGGCGUGAUAUGUGCACUUUCUUUUGCUGUGUUUUGUUCCCCUUUCUAGCAAGGCUUGCAGACCCAACUGGGGUUGUAGUGCCAAGAGGGCUGAGGAAGUUGAAAGCGCUGCAUACACUAGGUGUUGUGAACAUCGCACAGGGGAAAGGAAUCCUGCGGGACAUUAGAAUGCUCAGCCGGUUACACAAGCUAGCAGUGACAGGCAUCAACAGAAAAAAUUGCCAGGAGUUUUGUUCCACACUUGCCCAUCUCAGCUGCCUGGAAUCACUAUCAGUGCGCGCAUGGAAGGAAACAGGUGGUCUACAAGGAUGCUUAGAUGGUCUAAGCUCACCUCCCAAAAAUAUCCAGAGCCUCAAGCUGUGUGGAGAUUUGGGCGUAUUGCCAGACUGGGUCGCGCAUCUCCAAAAUCUUGUGAAGCUGAAGCUAGUAGGCACCAUACUAACAGACCUUGAUGGGACCGUACAAGUCCUUGGCAAGCUGCCAAAUCUGGCCAUCCUUCGUCUAACAUAUGACUCUUUCAAGGCAGAAGAGCCACGGUGCUUCACUUGUCGUCAGGAGGCAUUCCCGAGUUUGACAGUGUUGGAGCUGCGUUAUGAUGACCAUGGCAUGACAUCGGUGGAAUUUGAAGGAGGAGCCGCGCCAAAGCUUGAGCUGAUAGUUUUUGAUGGCUGGUUAUCUUUCUCAGGGUUACCAUCACUGCCAUGCCUCAAGGAAGUUGUGAAUGUUAUCAGGAAGUAUGGGUGCAGUAAUGUGUGGACUGAAGACUUUCGGGCUGAGCUUGCGAGAAAUCGAAACCAAACUGUUCUAAAGAAAAAGGACCUAUUUUACAAAUCUUUUUAUGAUUCUGAAUCUGAUUCUGAUUUUUUUGACAAGUGAUUUUCUUGAGAGAAUCCAUUCUCUAGCUGUAAUGAUUACUCUGUAACUUAAGCUGUAUGAAGAAACCGCUUCUACUUUGGGAGAGAA